AUGGAGUCGGCAGCAGAAACUGUGAGGCGUAGACCCAGCCUCCGAGGGUCAAUCCGAUCGGAGGACUGGCCUGAGGAGGUCAACAUUUCGCUCUCCCCGCAUCGUGAGCGGAGGCACAUCAGCGGAGAAAGACGAAACACCGGGGUUACAGUCUUGAGUGAUGGACGGCUUGAUAUAAAGCUCGACGAGCAUAUUCCACAGCUCGCAGGGUUAUUGAAUCGCAUCCAAACGACAACUGCGCCACCGGACCUAGAGGAACUAGCGGGCGAACCGACUCCAGAGCCAAUACCAAAAGAUGAGGGCAAAGACUUCCCACUGAAGAUGAACAUAGUCAUUCAAGUUAUCGGAUCUCGGGGUGAUAUCCAACCGUUCCUUGCGUUGGGCAAAGAGUUGAAGGCAUAUGGACACCGCGUACGACUAGCAACCCACCUCAUUUUCCGGGACUUUGUACUUGAGGGUGGCUUAGAGUUCUUUAACAUCGGUGGAGACCCAGAGGAACUGAUGGCAUUCAUGGUCCAAAAUCCGUCCCUACUCCCCGCAUUCAGCACGAUUCGCAGCGGUGCCAUCCAGAAACGCCGGCGCGAAAUGAAGGAAAUUAUAUAUGGUUGUUGGAGGUCAUGUGUCGAAACAGGUGACGGUACAGACAUGCAUCAAAUCAAAGAAGAUCUUUGGGGUGAUACGGUGGAUUAUCGUCGGAGACCGUUUGUUGCUGAUGCAAUAAUCGCUAACCCGCCCAGCUUGGGUCAUAUCCAUUGCGCACAGAGGCUGGGGAUUCCACUUCAUAUGAUGUUCACAAUGCCCUGGUCGGCUACGCAGUCAUUUCCGCAUCCUUUAGCCGUUAUUCACCAGCAGGACUGCAAGCCAACAGUUGCAAACCUUGUGUCUUAUACAGUUGUAGAUAUGAUGAUUUGGGAGGGAUUGGGAGAUCUUGUCAACUCUUGGCGGAAGAAGUGCCUCGCGCUCGAUCCGUUAGACUCAAUCACUGCACCAAAUUUGCCCGGGCGCCUCGGAGUCCCGUUCUCAUACUUGUGGUCGCCGGCGUUGUUGCCAAAGCCACGCGAUUGGGCCGAGCACAUCGAUAUUUGCGGGUUUAGUGUGCUACCUGCAAAGUCCGACUACAAACCCCUCCAAGAGAUCGAUGAUUUCCUCAAAGCAGGACCCCCUCCAAUAUACGUUGGAUUCGGCUCUAUUGUGGUAGAAAAUCAAGUCAAGCUAACUCAAAUUGUGCUCGAAGCGAUAAAGAAUACGGGCCAGCGUGCAAUCAUUUCAAAAGGCUGGGGAAACCUCGGAGUUGACGACAUAAAUGUGCCAGAUAAUAUCCUCAUCGUCGGCAGCGUACCACAUGACUGGUUAUUCCAGCGCGUAUCGUGCGUGAUUCACCAUGGCGGUGCAGGUACCACUGCCGCAGGGCUUUCUCUUGGACGUCCGACCAUUAUUGUUCCCUUCUUUGGAGAUCAACAGUUCUGGGGAGGAAUCGUUGCGGUGGCUGGGGCCGGGCCGAUGCCCGUGCCAUACAAGCAACUCACAGUUGAGAAGUUGACCGAUGCAAUUCAGACAGCACUGGAACCCUCAACUCAAGCCAAGGCGCAGGAAAUUGCUGAUAAGAUGCGGAAAGAGUCCGGCGUGAAGGAUGGGGUACGCAGCUUUCAUCGGCAUCUUAAGUUAAAGACUUUGCAAUGCGCAAUAUGUCCCAAUCGUCCUGCGGUAUGGCACAUUAAGCAAACUUCUAUUGGGCUCAGUGCUUUUGCUGCAUCAGUACUGGUUGAAACAGGGGCUAUUAAACCAGAGAACGUCGUUUUGAACCGAGCAUCGGAAUACGACACAUACCGCAAUCCCACAGGCCCUGUCAGUGCAGGAGCUCAGGUGCUAGUUGGAGCAAUUGCGAACUUUGUGACCGGGAUCGGCGAGGUCCCUUAUGAAAUCGUUUCAGACUUUGUCACCGCCGGUCGUGCAAUAGGUCAUACUCGUUCACAAAGUCAUCCCUCAUCAAGAUUUUCCUGGAGGAAAAGCCGCAGAAGUCAAGAUUCAGACCUAGAUAGCGAAGAGGAGCAGUAUCACGAGUCUGCCGAGUAUCAUGGGCCUGCCGAGUGCCGUGGAGUUGGCCGGCCAAAUGGCGAUAACCAGGAUGGGAUAAGCCUCGACACGAACGACGAUGAGAACGACAACGUGAGACACAACAAAAUGAACCACGGUCUACCAAUUAGUGCCACUGGCCGGAAAGAAGGCAUGCCGAUAAAUGAGGGGCAACUUCACGAACAAAUUCUGAGCUAUCUAGAGUCACCCGAGGGGCAUGGUGUUGUCUACGAAAUACGCACUCACGGCAGUCGAAUGUCAAAGAAGUUCUUGAAAACCAUACUAUGGCUCCCAACAGACGUGACUCUCAGCUUCUCUAAAGGCUUCCACAAUGCGCCGAUGUUGUACCACGACCCAAUGGUCAAAGAAACGCCGAAGGUCACCGGCUUCCGGAGUGGACUUGCGGCAGCUAGAACGGAACUUCAAGAUGGCUUCUACUACGGCAUCACAGGGUUGGUAACACAGCCCCGAUAUGGUGCUAAGCACGAGGGAGCGAAGGGAAUGUUCAAGGGAAUUGGGAAAGGGAUUGGUGGCGUUAUUCUUAAGCCACCAGCAGGUCUCUGGGGACUCUUUGGUUAUCCUUUGGUUGGAAUCCGCCGAAAGCUUCAAAAGUCGUUAGGUAGGACCCAAGAGCUUUCUAUUAUGGCAUCUCGGAUAGCGCAAGGUCUCGAAGACAUGCGAGCAUCGACCACCGAUGAACGGGCAGAGGUUUCUAGAAAAUGGCAUCUUCUUGAAGAGGAGAUUCGCCCCUCUUACUGA